CAUCCCUUAAGUUACCUCUUUCAAAGUAACCUGUUUUGUUUAUGAAACUGGUAUGAAUGAUAAAAGGUGCCCUGAUUUAAACCCAGCGACUCCCUCGUAGACGAAAACGAAUCUGCUCUGAUUGGUAUUCAUCCUCCCAAAACGAAAUCAAUUUCAACCUAGGGUUUCCAUUCCUCUCCGUCAGCCAUGGCUCGUAACGAGGAAAAAGCGCAGUCGAUGCUCAAUCGGUUCAUCACCAUGAAGGAGGAGGAAAAGAAGAAGCCGAAGGAGCGUCGUCCUUUCCUCGCAUCGGAGUGUAGAGACCUUGCGGAGGCCGACAAGUGGCGACAGCAGAUCCUGCGGGAGAUUGGCCGCAAGGUGGCGGAGAUCCAGAACGAGGGUCUCGGCGAACACCGACUUCGUGACCUGAACGAUGAAAUUAACAAGCUGAUACGUGAGAAGGGCCAUUGGGAAAGACGGAUAGUCGAGCUCGGUGGCCCGAACUACACGAAGCAUUCCGCUAAAAUGACGGACUUAGAAGGAAACAUUGUUGAUGUCCCUAAUCCUGGCGGGCGUGGGCCGGGGUACAGAUACUUUGGCGCCGCAAAGAAGUUACCUGGAGUUCGAGAACUGUUCGAGAAGCCUCCUGAGUUGCGGAAGAGAAGGACGAGGUAUGACAUAUACAAGAGGAUUGAUGCAAGUUAUUAUGGGUAUAGAGAUGAAGAAGAUGGUAUAUUGGAGAAGUUGGAGGGGCCAGCAGAGGAGAAGAUGAGGGCUGCCGCACUAAAAGAGUGGAUGGAGAUUGAGGAGAUAAAGAAAGAAGCAAAGAAGGCAGUGAGGAGUGGGGAGGUAGUAGAGGUUGGUUUGGGAGCGAAAAUAUUGUUCGAGGAAGAAGAGGAUGUUGUGGAAGAGGAGAGGAGGGAAAGAGAGAAAGAAAAGGAAAAGGAGUUUGUGGUGCAUGUUCCCUUGCCGGAUGAGAAGGAGAUUGAGAGAAUGGUGUUGCAGAAAAAGAAGAUGGAGCUCUUGAGUAGAUAUGCUAGUGAAGAUUUGGUCGAAGAGCAGAUGGAAGCAAAGGCCAUGCUUAACAUUCACAGAUGAUGAAUAAAUCAUCAUCAUCAGUCACUUUAGCAUUCCAUGACUGUGCUUCUUGCAGCUUCUUUUUGUAAAUCAAGGAUCAAUGGAGUUACCCCUAUAGCUUUCUUAUUUAAUUAUGGUUAUACUUUGAAAUGGCUUUAAAGAUUUUGUGCUGUAUUGAUUACUACAGAGCUCAUGACACAUGUAUUACUGCCAUAGUGAAUGAUUUGACUAGCCACUUCAAUC